AUGCGGCCCUGUACCGGACUCGCGGAAAUCUUCCCCCGACGUGUUUGUGGGGAAGUUGAAGGCGACAUUUAUCAAUUCUCAGCCAAUUUGCUGGAGAAUGGAACUGAAGUCAGCUUUGAAGAAUACACAGGCAAGGUGGUGUUGGUGAUCAACUUGGCCACCUUCUGCGGACUCACCGUCCCGUCUUACACCCAGAUGAAUGCACUUGCGGAGUUCUACGUCGAUCAGGACUUCGUAAUCCUUGGCUUUCCCUGCAAUCAGUUUUCAAUGCUAGAGCCGGGAACCAACAGCGAGAUCAUGAACGGUAUCCGCUACGUUCGUCCAGGUGACGGAUUUGAGCCUCUGAUCACCAUGUUUGAGAAGACUGAGGUGAACGGCAAUAAUGAACACCCAUUCUUUACAUUCCUGAAGGGCGCGUGCGAGUCUACAUACACGGAGUUCUAUUCUGACCUCUUUUAUGAGCCCAUAAGAAUUGGGGACGUUCAAUGGAACUUCGAGAAGUUCCUGAUCGGUAGAGAUGGCAAGCCGUACACACGCUACCAUCCAGAUGUUACAGAUCCUGAGGACCUCAAGGAUGACAUCAACACCCUUCUCAACGCUUAGGACUUUCUCGAGGACUUCAUUGGGAGGACACUAGCCUCCUAUCCUUGAACUUCCAACUGAAGCUCCGUAACAUAACCAAUGCCCAUUCUCAUACAGCAUCCCGCCCAUGACGACGCUGUCAAAAACCUUCAGGUGACCAGCGUCUGUAGUAAUAUGGGUGAGUGUGGCCACUUGUUCACUCUGGCUGCCACUCUCCUGUCUGUGGGUUGCUGCAGAGGCUGGGCUGGGCUGGACGGAGCCGCUGGAAAUCACAACUACACCAUGAAAUGAUAAUCUCCAAUAAAAAAAAAGUCAUAAAUCGGUUUUGUUUUGAUUUUGCAUUGGAAAAAAAUAAUUUAAAUAUGCAGUAAAAUUUCAUAUUGAUUAAGAGAACAAAAUCACGUUAUCGUUAUCAUGAAAAAUUGGCGAUUCAAUUAAAUAUGCAAAGCGCUAUAGACAUACUUAAGUCACAUAUUCUCAUAAAUGAAAGAAAACGUAUUUUUUCUCAGCUGUUACAAGCAACAACGCUGUAUAGCCCUUGUGGCUUAGCGCUUCUUUUUGAUUAUAAUAAUAAUACAAGCAACAACACUACUAUUCAGACUCUUGUCCACAAGUUUCUAUUUUUUUUUUCAGAAACGUCUUCAAAGUUAGAGGGCUGAAAACAUAUUUAAAACUGCUGAUGCUUGUUACAAUAAAGAUUUUGUUAAUAAAAGAAAAGAUAAAGUUUAUAA